GCCAGAUUUUGCCUCGAUUUUCCAAGCUACCAUCGGCUUCUCCGCGCCUUCUCCAGGCCAUUCUGGACUCAGACACGCCAGAGUCCAGUCACAGCCGACCGUCACUGGCAACCUCAACCCAACUUACGGCAAUGCGCCAUCAACCACGAACAGUACCUACCUAGAAACACAUAGGUAUGCCUAAAUUCACCCCGGAAGAGCUGGCAGUCAAUGCCGUCCCGGUCAUUCGGCAGGCGACCUCUGGUGAUGCGGAACCAGACUGGCGACCUCUCUUUCGUCAUGAAUGCACCUUCAACCCGGUCAUCUUUCAAGAUGUCAUGCUCAACUUGAUCAAGAACCCAAACAUCAACUCGUCUUGGCUCUUCCGCGCCGAUAUUCUCUAUGAUACAGAGAAGAACAUCCAGAAUGGCUUGGAGACCCCCCUGUCGGAGCUGGGAGACGUGCCCGACAUCCCAUCCUUCGACGGCUUUGGGCUUCACCGACGUUUGAUUCGCCGGCUUAUUCCUCGGAGCACCAUGAGGGACAAGCCCAUGGAUCAGACAUGUCUCAUCUACCAGAGUAAGGGUAGUGAUUCCGAGGGCGGUUUGCAGAGGCAUUUGGUUAUCUAUCUCCCCCACGUCUCCACAGAGGCCGAGAUGCCCUAUUAUCACCCUACGGUCCGAGGCAUAGCCUUUCACCAUGAGUGGUCUCCCACAGAGACGCGCGGAUCUGUUUCUGUCUCCUAUCUCUACUUCGAAGGGGGCGAGCGCCCCGAGAAGCUCACGAGGAUCGCCUCUCACUUGCUUCAAGCCGUAUACAAACAUGGACAAGGCAGAGCUGACGGUUAUCAGAAACGGGUGCACCAUGAUCUCUUGGUACCGCAGGACCGCGUGCAAAACACGUACACAGCGUUGAAGCAGAAAUACGCCCGCGCUCUGAUCGAGUCAUGGGUCGAAAGUACCGACCCUACCAAGCAUGUCUUUGAAGACCUCUGCAUCGCUGCCUUUCUCAUCGAGCUGUGGACCGACAUCUAUGGACGGAAUUUUUUCCCUGGGUUCGUUGACAUCGGCUGCGGGAACGGCCUCUUGGUCCAUAUUUUGAACCUGGAAGGUUUCAAGGGCUGGGGCUUCGAUGCCAGGUCACGCAAAUCGUGGGCAACGUACAGCACCCGUCUGGAAACCCCCACAGGUGUUCAGGAGUCCUUACAGCAGCUAGUCUUGCUACCGCCGCCUGUCAGUAGGGCUGGGAUUUCCGAGAUCUCAAGUGAAGGCUUCCGGGAAGAGCUCGUCCAUGAUGGCCGGUUUCCUAAGGGCACCUUCAUUAUAUCCAACCACGCCGAUGAAUUGACGCCCUGGACGCCCAUUUUGGCUGCCAUAUCAGAUUGUCCUUUCAUCAUGAUUCCUUGCUGUAGCCACGACCUGACAGGGGCGAGGUUCCGUGCGCCAGCACCCAAAGACAAGAAGAAGGCUAACUCGGCAUAUUCUUCCCUCGUUUCAUGGGUCACCCAGAUCACCGCGGAUUGCGGCUGGGUAGCCGAACAGGAGAUGUUAAGGAUCCCUAGCACGCGCAAUACAGCGAUAGUCGGGCGCAAGCGGCAGGGCGACGUGUCGGCUAUUGACAUUGGAGUCAUUGUCGAUCGAUACGGAGGCACCGCUGGCUACCUGGAGACAGUAGUGAAGUUGGUGAAGUCUACCAAUCUGGACGAGAAGCACUGAUAGCAAGGGGUUGAGGCUUUGAUUGCUAGAUCUAGUCAAGCUCGGGGACAGGCAGGUGGUCUACCAGCUUCAUAUUCAAGCCCAGCUUUUCCAGCUCUUGAACAGCUAGCCGGUCUCUUAGUUCCUCCGUCUCCUUCUGGGUGGACAGCACAAAGUCGUGCUUCAAGAGCCAGCUCCCCUCCUUCACACCGUAUGCUUCUGCCGUGGCCUUAUCCACCUUCCCUAGUUCGACCACCAAGCUCUUCUUGACGCCGAAGACAGCGUCUGAUGAUUCAUAUGGGUCCCCCUUCAAGUACAGAGCGCUAAAGCCACAGGCACUUAUUAGCAAGUGCAAUGAUGCGGUGAAGGGGUGCACAAAGAAAAAUAUACUCACGUUACAAGCGGAUCCCACCCAUCCUUUUCAAACUUGAAAUGCACAUGCGCCGGCCUCCAGGGGUGACGAUUUAGCCUCUCGAGCAACUUGCCCACUGGCCCGUCGUGGGGGAUCGGGUAGCUGACGGGCUUGAUACCCUUGAACCAAAACCUGCCCUCGUCAUCGCUCUUCAUGAUACACCGCUCGCUAGGCGCGUCCCGGUCGGCAUGCUGCACAUCGUAGUGGCCCGAGCUGUCCGUCUCCCAGAUGUCAAUGGUCACGCCGGGGAGCGCGUUUCCCUUAAGAUCCUUGACCGUGCAAAGCGCCAGCAUCGGCUCGCCCUCGGGGUCCGAAGUCAUGCUGCUGCCGUUGGGGAGAACGGGAGCGUCGUGCGUGUGGAAGGGGCCGAGAACGGAUCCCUCGGUACCACCGGGAAGUGUGGGGUGGUUGAUGUUGUCGACGAGGAGGGAGAGGCCGAGGACGUCGGAGAGGAGGAUGAAUUCCUGGUGUUUUGCGUUAGCUGAUAUACAUUACGUGAAAGUCCCCAGAGAAAACGCCCAGCUUCAUAGCUUGAUAUAAUGUCCAUCAGUAAAAUUGCAAGGAGUGACUCACAUUCCUCACAUCGCUACAUAUCUUGCCGCAGCUGAUCAGAAACUGAAGAGCGGCCAUCCACUCGUCCGAGCUCAGCCGGGUCUCACGCGCAAAAUCGUGCAGGUGUGUCACCAGCCGCGCCAUCAGGUACUUGAGCCGCGCAUCGGACGCCUGCGAGUUGAUCC